UACUUAAAGAUAAAGGUAUAAAUUAUUUAACAUCAACAAGUUUUCUUAUCUUGUACUCCGCCAGUUAACCAUAAGCAUCAUCAUGGAUCUAAAGAUUAUUACAUUUAUGUAUGUUAUUUCUCUGACUUCAGGAGCCACGCACCAAGGAAUUUUGAACUUGUACCAUAACAAAUUUAAAGGAGAUGGUACUUAUUAUGGAGCUGGAGAACAAGGAACAUGCAGUUACUCGCCUCCAAGCCUACCACCACUUGUUGCAGCAGGAAACAUCAAACGUUAUAUUGCUUUGAAUAGACCACAGUUCUUCAACUCACUGUCUUGUGGAAUGUGCUUUAAGGUACAUGGUAGUGGAAAAGGUUUAGGAAGUGAUCCUAUUGUAGGAGAUUCUACCGUAUUUGUCAAAGAUUUAUGCCCAGAAUGCCUUGCUGGGUCUGUAGACCUAGCUGAAAACGGAGAUGGCAGAUGGGAAGUAGAAAUACAAGCAGUUCAAUGUCCAGUAGGAAACACAAAAUUGGAAUACAAAUUCCAGGGAAGUAAUCCAUGGUACCUUAAACUCCAAGUUAGGAAUGCAAGAAUUCCAGUCACUGGACUGUCAGUAUGGCAACCGAAAAGUCAAAGAUGGGCUGCCAUGCAUCACUCCUCAGACGGAUUUUGGUUAAUGGGCCCAGGUGUUUUCGAGAAACCAGUUCAUCCAUCUGCUCAUACUCCACUGAAAAUGAAAUUAACAGCUGCAAAUGGUGUUGUGAUAGAAGAUCAAAUUACUCAAAUGGCUAAUGAAGUUGUUAUUCAUGGAACUGGUAAACAAUUCCCACUGGACCCAUCUUUACCAAAGCCUUAAGCAGUUUCCGGAGAUUGAUUUGAUGGAAUUAAAUAUAAAUAAAGGUUGUCUUGGUA